CUGGCAGCCCAGAUGUUUGUUUUUCCCGUCAUCUUAUUGAAAAAAAAAACGCAAAUUGAUUAACAGUCCAAGAAUAUCAUUCAAUGCGUGUAAUUUAAAAGAAAUUUUGUAUCUAGUGUUUAAAUGACGAGCAAAAGUCCUGAAAACAGUGGACAAUCCUUGCCUUCUGGUGCAACAAAUGCAAAUGCAAACGUUGCAAUGGACGAGCAUUCAGAUGGUAUUGCUGUGUUACCUCCUGUAAAUUUCGAAAGUGAUCGCUUCCCUUACUGCAUUGUUUGGACACCCAUACCAGUGCUUACCUGGUUCUUUCCAAUGAUUGGUCAUAUGGGAAUCUGCACAUCUAUUGGCGUUAUACGUGAUUUUGCUGGACCUUACUAUGUUUCGGAAGAUAGCAUGGGUUUUGGAAGACCAACUAGAUAUCUACGCCUGCAUCCGAAAAACGUUGUUGGCGGCAGUGUUGAAUGGGAUGAAGCAGUAGCUAAAGCUUCUGUACUUUACGGAACACGUAUGCAUAAUCUCUUUUGCGAUAAUUGUCACUCGCAUGUUGCUACAGCACUAAUAGCAAUGCGUUAUAAGAGACGCACAAGUUGGAAUAUGGUUAUCUUGGCAUUUUGGAUGUUCUUUUGUGGCAGAUAUGUAGGAUUCUUUGGAUUUGUAAAAACAUGGCUGCCUUUUGUUAUUGUGGUGUCAUUGUGUGUGUUCCUGGGUAUUUAUCUAUAAGUGGGCUACUUGACGACCCUUUAUAAUUAUGUAACUAUGAUAGAUAAUUUAAGUAAAAAUAAUUUUGAAUGAAUCUUUAAUUGUGUAGCUAAUAAUUAAUGCAAUAAAAUAGUAGAAAAUUAAUUUAAAAAA